GCCUCGCGAGGCCCGGGACUAAGGCGAGACCCGGAUAGUUCGGGACUGGGUGACCCGCGUGCUGAUGACGAAAGCGGAUGUUCUGAGACCAGAGGCCGGACGAGAGCCCGGAAGUUUUGUAAGGAGGGUCGGGCGGCUGUUGGAGCACGGUGUUGUUUUGGAACAAGUUCCGGAAAGGAGGCCGCCGCUUGGGGUCCGAGAGCCACCGGCCUGCGCACGUUAGGGGCAGCUCCGGGCGCGACUCGACGUUCCCACUGUGGGCUUCCUCUGCCGCCGUUCCUCCUCCGGGAACCGCCUCGGGUCUCCGCCAUGGCAUCCACCUCCGGCAACCUCCAGAAAGCAAUAGAUCUUGCUAGCAAAGCAGCCCAGGAGGACAAAGCUGGGAACUAUGAAGAAGCCCUUCAACUCUACCAACAUGCUGUACAGUAUUUUCUCCAUGUAGUUAAAUAUGAAGCACAGGGUGAUAAAGCCAAGCAAAGCAUCAGGGCAAAGUGUACAGAGUAUCUUGAUAGAGCAGAAAAACUAAAGGAGUACCUGAAGAAGAAGGAGAAAAAACCCCAGAAGCCAGUGAAAGAGGGACAACCGAGUCCAGCUGAUGACAAAGGGAAUGACAGUGAUGGGGAAGGAGAAUCUGAUGAUCCUGAAAAAAAGAAACUACAGAAUCAACUUCAAGGUGCCAUUGUUAUAGAGAGACCUAAUGUGAAAUGGAGUGAUGUUGCCGGUCUCGAAGGAGCCAAAGAAGCACUGAAAGAGGCUGUGAUAUUGCCUAUUAAAUUUCCUCAUCUCUUUACGGGCAAAAGAACACCUUGGAGGGGAAUCCUGUUAUUUGGGCCACCUGGAACAGGAAAAUCCUAUUUAGCCAAAGCUGUAGCAACAGAAGCAAACAACUCAACGUUUUUCUCAAUAUCUUCCUCUGACCUUGUUUCUAAGUGGCUAGGUGAAAGUGAAAAGCUAGUUAAGAACUUAUUCCAACUUGCCAGAGAGAAUAAACCUUCCAUUAUCUUCAUUGAUGAAAUUGAUUCUCUGUGUGGUUCAAGAAGUGAAAAUGAAAGUGAAGCUGCACGUAGAAUUAAGACUGAGUUCCUAGUUCAAAUGCAAGGGGUUGGUGUGGACAAUGAUGGAAUCUUGGUUCUGGGAGCUACGAAUAUACCCUGGGUUUUGGAUUCUGCCAUUAGGCGAAGAUUUGAGAAACGAAUUUAUAUUCCUUUGCCUGAGGCCCACGCCCGAGCAGCAAUGUUUAAACUGCACUUGGGGACCACUCAGAACAAUCUAACAGAAGUAGACUUCCGGGAACUUGGGAAGAAAACUGAAGGCUACUCAGGGGCAGACAUAAGUAUCAUUGUACGUGAUGCACUUAUGCAGCCAGUUAGGAAAGUACAGUCUGCUACUCAUUUUAAAAAGGUUCAAGGACCUUCACGAGCUGAUCCUAACAACAUAGUAGAUGAUCUGCUAACACCCUGUUCUCCAGGUGAUCCUGGUGCCAUUGAGAUGACGUGGAUGGAUGUCCCUGGGGAUAAACUUUUGGAGCCAGUUGUUUGCAUGUCGGAUAUGUUACGGUCACUAUUUAGCACAAAGCCCACAGUCAAUGAACACGACUUGUUGAAAUUAAAGAAGUUUACAGAAGAUUUUGGCCAAGAAGGCUAGACCAAAGACAAGGAAGAUGUUUACCAUGUGUGUUCUCUCUUUCAUAGGUAUUUUUGCCUUUCUUGGACGGCAGUCAGAUUAUUUCCAGUAAAGCACUUCUACCACAGGGAAAUAGAGAUCUCACUUCAGCAUUACUUUAAGUUUUAUAUGUACUUUUGCUCCAUUACCAAUUAAAUCUUCCUAUUAACAAAAAUUAUGAAGUAAUGGGUUAUAAGAAAAUGAGUGAUAUACAAAAAAAAAGAAAAAGAAAAAAGAAUGAGUGAUAUAUAAAUAGCAAAAGAAUAGAAAUUACCCAGUAAAAAGAAGAUUGAUUGAUAUACAGAUAUUUUAAAUUGUUAUGAAUAGUGGUCUUUGCAGAGAGCAUUCAUCUUUUUUUUUAACUAAAAUGAAAUGGGGCUUAUUUCAUAUUUUGAAAAAAAAAUCUUAAGCAUCAUUCUCAUCAAUGUAAAAUUUAUUUACUUUAUUAAA